CAGGUUGUCCGGGUGUUAUAAUAAAACACAAUGCUGAAACAUCAGAUAUUGUCAUUGCUCAUUGGCUGUCUGUUUGUUCAUAUGUCAUGCGUCAGGAUAAAGCACGUAAUAAAUCAAUAUUGCAGCUGUUAACACGGAUUACCUGUACGCACGCUGUGACGGAAAAUCUAUAAAACCGAACUGGAAUACAGACAGCAACGUGUCUGCGAUAUCACCCUUGGUGCAAGUGGACGUAAAACUCCAGGAACUACCAGACCGCAAUGAAACCUAAUUGAUAGCUCUCUGUCUACUAGAGCAGCCUUGAAUAAACGGAUAGCAUAGUUUCUUCAACUAGAAAUAUCACGCUUGCUUGAUUCAAAGAACUAAAACCAGACCUGUGGUGAAGUGAAGAAUUUGGUUAUGUACUUGUUAUAUGAAUCGUACACCAAUCUUCAUUCAGCAAAAGAUGCAACCACAAGGCAUAUAAAUGAAGCCCCAGUUUUCUCCUCGGCUCAGAUCCUCAGUACCGUCCAGGACCCCGAAGUAGAUGAAGCAUCGGGUCUGGCUGCUAGUCGAGUUCACGCAGGAGUUCUCUAUACCCAUAACGACAAGGGUGGGUCCAGCCGACUCUUUGCUCUUGAUAGUAAGACUGGGGCUACACUAGCCAUUUUAAAGAUUGCUCAUGUUGCCAAUUACGACUGGGAAGAUGUAGCUGUUGGUCCAUGUGGCAGUCAUUCAUGUGUGUACAUAGCUGAAACGGGAGAUCAUGGAGGAGACGGAGCUAGGAAUGUCAUCUACCGAGUUCGCGAACCAGAUGAGAUCAAGACACAGACUCUCCAUGUUGAGAGUCAACUGAUGUUUAAGUGGGAUGAACCGGAUUGUGAAACAAUUAUGGUGACACCGAAUGAAGAUAUUUAUUUGAUCUCAAAGGUAGUGGGAGGACAUGGAUUAAUAGCCAACUUCUCGAGUUCGGGAUUCGGUUCCGGUCAAGUGGUCACAGCUGAAUCCUCGAAAUAUCUUACCCUCGAUUCUAUCCAUCACGACCCUGUGGGAGGAGAUAUCUCUUUUAACGGUAAAGAAAUGCUGAUUAAAUAUAAACUGAACGUGUACUACUGGACCGUGCUGGAUGGAGAUUACAUAGGGGCGACAACUCGACCACCAGUAAACUUACCAUACGUUUUUGAAACCCGUGGAGAAUCUGUCUGCUGGGAUCCUCAAGGCUCCGGAUAUUAUACUACUGGAGAAGGUCUAAAUCAACAUAUUUAUUAUUAUAAGAGACAAUCACCUAUUAUAGGAUAA